AUGGCGAACUGUAAUUGGACAAGAAAACUCGAAGCACAAAACAGUAGCACAAGGGUUCAGCGACCCCAGAGCACCGCAAUCGUUACCCGAAUCGGAUUUGGAGUCGCAUCGCAACAAAACACUUCCACUUCUUCAAAGUUACCCAUCCAAAAGAUUGUCCGUGUGCCCACUGCGUCGUGGGUUUUUGGACUCAUCUCACGUGGAGCCGGCUCCAGCUUGCCCGGCCUGAUGCUGAAUUGCGCACCUCAUCUUUUCCUAUUCCAAGGUACCGUCACAACUCGCUUCAUCAUAAUCCUCGCCAAACUCCCUAGCUCCGGCGACGACAACUAUCUGCCCGUUCCCCGCAUCCCCUCAUCCUUUUCCUCUCUCGCGCGCUUCUCACGUGUCCUAUCCAAAACUGUGAAGCGCCCCAACCGGCAUUGCAAACCAACCACAAAGAGAUAGCUUUUGGCCAAAGCCAGGCAACAACAACAAGCAUGAUCACUGCCCGGACCGGCAGAUGAGAGAAAGCCGCCACUGGAGCCGGGUGCUGGAGUUUAAGCGCAGGUACACGGCCAAUACUUACAGGGUUUCCAAUCCCACAUGCUUUAACCCGUAUUCGUGUCUUCUUGUGUGCAUGCUUACGGCGUACGGCGUAAAACCUUGGAAGGACCGCCGCAAGCAUAGAAGGAGGCACUGGAUGGAAUG